AUGACACUUUUAGGUUCAAUCACUUCAAUUACAACAAACAACAAAACAAAAGUAAAUUCAAUUAAUGUUGAUAAAUCAUUAAAUAUUUGUUCAAAUUCCCCAGUUUAUAAUGAACAAUGCAGAUGGAACCCAAAUAUUUUAUGGCGUCAUGGUGGAGGUCGUAAUAAUUUUACUGCUGCUUAA